AUGGCCUCCAUCUCCGCCGCCGCUAAGGCCACCUCUGUCGCCUUCGCCCACAAGAAGGAGCUCGCCGCGGCGGCGCCGCAGCAGCAGCGCGCGAGCGCCAGUAGUUUGUGGAGUUUUUUUCCAACAAGACUUCGUACGUCGCGGCGUUUUUGCAAAAAAGCCCCUGAGGUUUAUCGAAAUCAACCCGCAGUCCUCCCUAAACCUGGGGCUCGUCUGCCUACGCGCGUGCAGAAACAGAGAGCUCGCGGAUCUGGCCGACGAUGUGAGCUUCGCAGCAGGGCUCCGGCGUGGCGAGGAGGGCAAGGAAGUUCGGAUCCACAUGGCGGCGCCGGUCGGGGACGCCGCAGUGCUGCGUCGCGCGCUGGACGAGGCGGCGCUAGUCGUGGCGGCGGGGGAGGUAGGAGAGGGGCUGGAGGCGGUCUGCUGCGCCGUGGCCGCGGAGGCCAACGAGGCCCGGGAGACGCCGCUCCUGGCUGUCGUGGAGAAGGGCCGCCUCGAGGUGGUGGUGGAGCUGCUCCGGCACCUCGACGCCCAGGGCGUCGCCGCGGAGGCCAACGAGGCCGGGAAGACACCGCUCCUGGCCGCCAGGCCAAGCGCCGCGCCGGCUGCUCCUGCCUCCGCGCGUGCCUCUACCUCGCCGUCGCGCUCCUCUCCCUCGCCGUCCUCCUCGCCGCCGCCGUCGGGGCCGUGUACCUCGCGUUCAAGCCCAGGCAGCCGGCGUACUCGGUUGUGUCCCUCGCCGUGUCGGGCCUCGCCGGCGUCGGCAACGCCUCGGCCCCCGGCGCGAUCUCGCCGGGGUUCGUCGCGAUCGUCCGCGCCGACAACAGCGCCAACGGCAAGGUCGGCGUGCACUACGACGGCGCCGGGAGCCGCGUCGCCGUGUCGUACGAGGGUGUGAGCCUGGCGGACGGCGCGUGGCCGGCCUUCUACCAGGCGCCUGGGAACGUGACGGUGUUCGUGGCGAGGGCCAAGGGCGUCGGAAUACGGUUCUCGGAGCGCGAGCGCGGGCAGAUGGCCGCGGCGGAGCGGCUCAAGUCGGUGCCGUUCGACGUGGAUAUCACGGUUCCCGUGCGGCUGCAGCUCGGCGAGGUGAGGAUGUGGGCCCUGCCGGUGACGGUGCGGUGCGCCAUGGCGGUGGACAGGCUCGCCGCCAGCGCCAAGGUGGUGUCCAGGUCAUGCGAUGUGAAGGUGUCGUUCCUGUUCUGGAGGAACGGACACCGAAGCAAGAAAAAAUGGUUACUUGCUGAUUUAGGAGAGCAGUUCUUGCGGGUAGCAGCAACGGAUUCGUGCUGCUUCCGUGAUGUUUUUUUCUCCUCUUCAAUUUGUAAUGUUGGUUUGAUCGAGCAAUGUUAAUUCUUUUGUCCGUCGAGAUCAUGUUCUGCCGCAAAAUUGUGCCGCAGUUAAGAUGUUCACGAGGUGCAGCCUCUCUUCUCAAGAAAGACUGAAAGAAAAUGGUGUUGGUGCA